ACAAUAAUAUCUCUCUACCAAACAAUGCCAGCAUCUCAUACGACCCACCCUGUCUCCCCCAAAAUAAUGUUUAUGAUCCCUUACCUUCUACCUCUUUGGCCCAUCCUUCUAUAAAUGUUUAUUUGCUGAUGACUCGGGUUGAGGAUGGUCAGCAUAGGGAAAUCCUCAUUCCUCUCUUUAAUGUAAACAAUUUACCCCCGUUAGUCUACUAUAACUCUGACUUGGACAAUUCUACAGGAAACACUUAUCUCGAGAAAGAUAGUGCUAAGCCUGAUCUCCGUGAAUGUAUUACAAAUGCCCUUGCUGUCAAAUUCCCUCAUCAUAUUGACACUGGUGAUACACUCCCGAUUAAACAAUAUCCCUACCAGUAUUCUCCUGCUAAGAAAAAGAUUAUCCAAGAUAAAAUCGGCCAUAUGAUUUUAACCGGUAUCAUUCGCCCUUGUCAAAGCCUCUGGACCUCCCCCAUUGUAUUGGUUUCCAAAAAAGAUAGGAGUACUCAAUUCUGCAUCAACUAUCGAAAGCUCAAUGCUAUCACUAUAAAAGAUAAUUACCCUCUUCCUCGUAUUGAUGACCUCCUGAAAGCCCUUUCCGGAUCGAGCUGGUACAGCUCCUUAAACAUUGCCAGUGGAUACUUGCAGGUCAAAGUUGAUGAAUCGAAUCAUCUCAAAACCACCUUUACCACCCCUUUUGGUACUUUUCAAUUCAAUGUUAUGCCAUUCGGCUUG